ACCACUCCCAUUUGCUUUCACAUCAGACGAGAAGCUUCGUGUCUAACAAAACAAAACAAAACAACCCCAGCUCCUACUCCACUCUCUCUCUCCCCCUCUCCCUUUUUCGUUUGAGUUUCACUUUUUCUCUCUCUCUCUCUCUCUCUCUCUCUCUAUAACGAGGAACAUGGCAGAUUGGGGACCAGUUCUGAUAGCCGUGAUCCUAUUCGUAGUGCUAACACCGGGGCUUCUUUUCCAGAUUCCGGCGGGAGGCCGAGUUGUCGAGUUCGGGAAUAUGCAGACGAGCGGCGCUUCUAUUCUCGUCCACGCAAUCAUCUUCUUUGGUCUCAUCACUAUCUUCACCAUCGCCAUCAACGUACACAUCUAUUCCGGUUAACUGUGUUAGCUUAUUACUGGUUUACGGAAAGUCUUUUCUUCUCCGGUUCUGUUUGUGCUUCUAGUUUUUCAAAAAUUGAUGCAAGAUCUGGCAUUUUCGGAUAUAUAUGUGAAUAUAAUCCAAAUUUUCAUAUAUGAUAUAAAAUUCAUUUUGGUA